AUGUCCCCCGCAUGGGCUGCUUCCCCCUCUUCCGCCUCCGCUUUCCCCCAGGCGGGGGUAUACCCUCCGCUAAGACCGUUCUUCGCGCCCAUCAGCCCCGCAACCGCCGGAACCGCAGCCUCUUCCGCAACUUCCGCCGCAGGUGGCGCCGCAGCAACUGGCGCAAGCGGCGGCGGAGCGGGAAUUGCGGGGCAAGGCGCAGGGGGGCAGACCACGGGUGGGGAAGGCUUACGGGGGUUUUCCGCCGGUACUGGAUGGACGGGGGCGGGGGGAAUCGUUCCUAGGGGCAUGCCAGGCGGGUUGGCGCAAGGAACGGCUGGGAUCGGGGGAAUGGCGCAAGGGACCUCGGGGAUUGGCGGAAUGGCGCAGGGAACGGGGGGAAUGAGGGGAAUGACGCAGGGACCCGCGGGGAUGGGCGGAAUGAGCGGUGGGGGGAUGGCUGGUUCCGCGCUGGUGCUUCCCGGGACUGUACGCGCUACAGCAAGCAGCCUGGCUUCUGCUGUUAGCGGUGCAGCUUCUAUCCAACCUAUUACCCCACUUGCCAAGGCAGGAAGGAUAGCAGGGACCAUGGGAGCACGAGCAGCAGUAAGGGGAGCAGUGGGAGCAGGAGGAGGAGCAGUUGCAAGGGGUGCUGGCUCAGCCAAUGCUUCUGCUGCUGCUGCUGGUGCUGGUGCUGGUGCUGGUGCUGGUGCUGGUGCUGCUGUUGCUGUCUCCAAAACACCCGCACCUACUGCUACUAGUGCCGCAACUGCUGCUGCUGCAGGUGCUGUAGCAGCAGCCGCUGGUGCUGCCGUUUCUGCUGCUACAAGCACAGCGGCAGCGGCAGCUACAGCAAGCACUGGCGCACUUGGGGGAGGUGUAUCAGUAGCAGGUGUCGCUGCUUCGUCGGCUGCUGUUAAACCCACUGGUGCUACGGCCGGGGCUGCUGGUCCGGCCGGGCCUGCUGGAACGGCUGGUGCUGGUAGGAUCAUCAUGGGCGGUGUUGGGCAGGGCGGUAUGGGGCAGGGUGGCAUGGGGGGGCAGGGCGGGGGCGGUGGGCAGGGCGGGAUGGGGCAGGGCGGAGUGGGGCAGGGCGCGGGCGGUGUGGGGCAAGGCGGAGUGGGGCAGGGCGGAGUGGGGCAGGCGGGAUGGGUGCUGGCGCAGCAGGCUGCUGCCUCUGGCGGGAGGAUGAUGGCCUCCGCGCAAGGGGGAGCGCCAGCGGCGCAGGGGGGAGUACAAGGGGCGCAAGGGGGAGUACACGGGGCGCAGGGGGCGCAGGGGGGCGUGCAAGGGGCGCGGGGGGGCGUGCAAGCGGGAGCGCCUCAAGGCGCAGCAGCAGGUUCGGCAAGAGGCCCGGGCGGAGGCGCGGCAGGAGGUCCCGCCCGAGCUGCGGCUGUGGCCAAGCCGCCAACGCCCCCACCGCCCCCCUCUCCUGCAGCCAUUGCUGGCGCGGUAGUGGCUGCUGCUGGGGAGGCGCUAGGGUUUAGAGCCCUUAUUCAAGCUGCAAUAGCUGAAGGUGUUGCAGGGGGGAUGGGGGAUGCUGCUGGGGAGGGCGCAGCAGCAGGGGGGGUUGCUGCUGGGGGUGCUUCAGGGGGGUUUGGAGGGAGUUCUGGAGCAGGGUCGGCUGGGGUGGGUGGUGGGAGAGAGGUGGGAGGUUUUGGGGAUCUGAUUCGUGCUGCAGUGGAAGGUAAGGAAGGCAGGCCGGGGAGGGUUGGAGGAACAGCAGCUGAGGAGAUAGUUGUGGGUUCUGCUGUAGAGGAGGUGGAUGGAAUGGGAGGAGGAGGGACAGGAGAAGACCAGGGAGGAGAUGGAGGAGGAGGAGGAAUUGGAGAGAUGGGAGGGGCAGCAGGAGGAGGAGCAGCGGGAGAAGCAGGAGGGACAGGGGUGCGUGCGGCUUAUGAGUCGAGUCAGAAAGCGAGGGUGGCCGAGGCGAUAGCGCGAAUGAGCCAGCAGGAGGUUCGGGCGGCGCUGCGGCAGGUGCGGUUCGGCACGAACCUGCAGGGGCUGGUUCGGGAGGAGGUGGGGCGGAUGGUGCGGGCGAACAGGGAGGCUCGGCUGAGGGAGAUUGCUCGACUGUUGGGGGAGGAUAAUACCCCCUCGGCUGCUGAUUUAGGUCCCCUCCCUGCUGCUUCGGGUGCUGUAUUUCUCACUUCGAGUGAUUCAACUCCUCCCCUUGCUGCUGCACCGAGUGUCAUGCCUGACAAAGACCUGCCCCCGCUGCUGCCACUGACAGGAGGGGAGGAUGAGCGGGAGGAGCGAGGGGAGGAGGUUGGAGGGGACAGCGUGGAGAAAGAGGGAGGGAAUGACGGUGGUGCCGCUGGUGCUGGUGAUGCGUCGUCUGGGGUGGUGCUGACGCCCAGGGAUCGUCUCAAGCUUCGGAUUCAUCAGAAGAUGCUGCGACUUGCCGACUUUCAGGCCAAGGUGAGGAGAGAAUUAGUUGCAGAGGAGCAAGAGAUUCAAGCCAUGCCCGACCGCCCCUACCGCUCCUUCCUGCGCUGGGCCCACCGGCAACGGGCCGAAAUCGCCAAGUCGCACGCCGUGACGCGCCGCGCCGCCCGCGACCGGCUGCUCAAGGCCGUCUUCGCCGCCCGGCGGCAGAUCCUCGCCGACCGCCAGUUGGCGGCGCGCGACGGGCGGGCGGCGCGGAACCGGCACGUAGUGAGGUUCCACGAGCAGGCGGCGCGGGAGGCGGCGAGGCGGCGAGAGGAGGAGCGGCAGAAGCGGGUGGAGAUGUUACUUAAGAGUAACGACAUGGAGGCUUAUCGGGCUAUGCUGGAGGAGGAAAAGGAGAAGGCCGGGGUUGGGAAGGGUGCGAAGGAGAGGUUUGAAAUGCUGAGCUCGUUUUUGAGCCAGACGGAGGAGUAUUUGCGGAAGCUGGGGGGGAAGAUCUGUGCGGCUAAGAGCGUUCAAGAGGUGGAAGAGGCUGCUGUUGCUGCUGCUGCCGAAGCCAGGGAGAAGAUUUUAGGUUUGUGCAAGCUUGGGGGGAAGAUCUGUGCGGAUAAGAGUGUUCAAGAGGUGGAAGAGGCUGCUGUGGCCGCUGCUGCUGAGGCCAGGGAGAAGGGUAUGAGCGAGGAGGAGGUGGAGGCGUACGUGCAACGAGUGGUGGCCAGCCUGUCUCGUAACGACGGUCCCGAGGGAGAGGAGGUUGGAGGAGAGACAGGCGCGGCUGCUGUGUCCAAGGACCCAGGGGAGAUGGGCCAGAGGCUGGUAGCCGGCCUGUCCCAUGACAACGGUCCCGAGGGAGACGGGGUUGGAGGAGAGACAGGCGCCGCUGCUGUGUCCAAGUACUACAAGCUGGCUCACUCUGUCUCUGAGACCAUCACCCACCAACCUUCGAUGCUGCGCAUGGGCACCCUGAGGGAGUACCAGAUGGUGGGGCUGCACUGGAUGGUGGGGCUGCAGUGGAUGGUAUCGCUCUACAACAAUCGGCUCAACGGCAUUCUGGCAGACGAAAUGGGCCUGGGGAAGACAGUGCAGGUGGGGCUGCAGUGGAUGGCAUCACUCUACAACAAUCGCCUCAACGGCAUUCUGGCGGACGAAAUGGGCCUGGGGAAGACAGUGCAGGUCAUGGCUCUGCUCGCCUACCUCAUGGAGCACAAGAGCAACUACGGCCCGCACCUCAUCAUCGUGCCCAACGCCGUGCUGGUGAAUUGGAAAUCGGAGCUGCAUGCGUGGCUGCCCUCCGUUUCCGCUGUCUUCUAUGUGGGAGGCAAGGAGCAGCGCGCCAAGCUCUACACCAAGGCGGAGCUGCACGCCUGGUUGCCCUCCCUUUCGGCUGUGUUCUAUGUGGGAGGGAAGGAGCAGCGCGCCAAGUUCUAUACCAAGGAGGUAGCCCCAAUGAAGUUCAACGUGCAGGUGACCACAUUCGAGUUCAUUAUACAGGACAGGGUGCGCCUCUCAAGUGGCCGUUUAAGCUGCCUCAACGCCCGUGUUCCCCUCUUUUGCCGCUCUGUCCCCCUUGUCCCUCACACCCAGGAGGUAGCCCCAAUGAAGUUCAACGUGCUGGAGGUAGCCCCGAUGAAGUUCAAUGUGCUGGUGACCACACUCGAGUUCAUCAUGCGGGACAGGGCGCUCCUCUCCCGAGAGGUAGCCCCGAUGAAGUUCAAUGUGCUGGUAACCACAUUCGAGUUCAUCAUGCGGGAUCGGGCGCGCCUCUCCAAAGUGGACUGGCGCUACCUGGUGAUUGACGAGGCCCACCGCAUGAAGGACCGGGACUCGCGGCUGUCACGAGAUCUGGACCGGUUCAGAGUGCAGAGGAGGCUGCUACUCACCGGCACACCUCUGCAGGUGGGAAGGAGUGGGGAGGGAGGCAGGGAGGCAGGGGGAAAAGGAAGGGGGGGGAGAGGGAAGGGGGGGGUACCAGAAAAGUUUUGUCAGUCGACAAUCUACCAGAACGACCUUUGGGAAUUGUGGUCUCUCCUCAACCUUCUCCUCCCAUACGUGUUCGAUUCAAGCAAAAAAGACCUGCGGGAAUUGUGGUCGUUUCUCAAUCUGCUCCUUCCAGAUGUCUUUGACUCCAGCAAGAACGACUUGAGGGAAUUGUGGUCUCUCCUCAAUCUCCUCCUUCCAGACGUGUUUGACUCGAGUAAGAUUCUCGAACCAUUCAUGCUGCGCCGCAUGGUGCAAGAUGUAGAGGGUAACCUACCGAAAAAGACCUCUGUGGUGCUCCGCUGCCCGCUCUCCGCCUGCCAAGCCGCAAUCUACGACUGGGUCCGAGCCACGGGCACGCUUCGGACCGACCCUGAGCAGGAGGCUCGGCGGGUGGCUGCGGGGAAGAGCAGCGGGAGUACGGUUCAGAGGUAUGUGAGGGAGUUUGUGCCGGUGCAGAACAAGUGUAUGGAGCUGAGAAAGGUGGUUAAUCACCCGUUUCUGACCUACUCCUCGUAUGACCUCACUGUUCCUGCCCCUCCUGCUGCUGGUUCUGGUGGCUCUGCUGGUGCUGCUGCUGGUGCUGCUGGUGGUGCUGCUGGUGCGAGUCCUUACGGUGCUUCAGAUGCUGGUUACCCUACCGGUCCCUCUUUCUACAGCCCGGAUGUGAUUGUUCGCACGUGCGGCAAGUUUUAUAUCUUAGACCGAGUUCUGCUUAAACUGCAUCGCACAGGGCACAGGGUGUUACUAUUUUCCACCAUGACUAAGCUUCUAGACCUUCUGGAAGACUAUCUACGGUGGAGGAAGCUUGGCUACUGCCGGAUCGACGGAUCUACACCGUUGGAUGCUCGGGAGGCUGCGAUUGGCGAGUUUAACAAGCCUGGGUCGGAGCAUUUUGUCUUUUUGCUGAGUAUCCGGGCGGCGGGGCGGGGGCUGAAUCUGCAGAGUGCGGAUACGGUUGUGAUAUAUGAUCCUGAUCCGAAUCCUAAGAAUGAGGAGCAAGCUGUAGCACGGGCACAUAGGAUUGGACAGAAGAGAGAGGUGCUGGUGAUGUAUCUCGAGGCAGUUACAGAGCAGCACAAGAUUGAAAUGGCAGAUGAAGUGAUCAACGCAGGCCGGUUCGACCAACGCACGACACAGGAGGAGCGGCGGAUGACUUUAGAAGCUCUGCUGAAGGAUGUAGAGCGGUACCAAGAGGCGGUUCCGGAUGUACCCUCCAUGCGCGAGGUAAACCGGAUGAUUGCCCGAGGGGACGACGAGCUGGCGCUCUUUGAUAGGAUGGAUGAGGAGGAGGAAUGGCCGGGAUUGGUUGAGGAGGCUUGGGAGGUGGUUCCUUGGCUGAGGGCUAAUUCGAAGCAGGUGGCGGCUGCUGCUGCUACGACUGCCAAGCCUGCGCUUCGGAAACGGAGGAAGGCGUCAGGUUCGGAAGAGGGAGGGGCGGAAGGAGGUUCGGCCGAGCCUGUGGAGGUGGAGGGGUGGAAGGAGGGGGAGCAAGUGGGAGGGGAGGAAGAGGAAGAGGAAGAGGAGGAAGGGGAGUUCAAGAGCGGAGGGAGAGGGGGUAGAGGUGUUGACAGGGGGGAGGGAGGGGAGGUGGAGGAGGAGGGAAUGAUUGUGGGGGAUGAGGAAUUUGAUGGGGGGAUUGAUGGGGAAGAGGAGGGAGGGGGUGAGGAAAAGGACAAGGGAGGAGCAGAGGCAAUGGGGGAUAAGAUUUUGUUGGGGAAGGAAGAUGAAGAGGAGGGUGAGGAGGUUUUUGAGAAUUCUCAAGAACAAGAGGUGGUAGAAGGAUGGGAGCGUGUGGAAGGAAAAGAGGGAGUAGCAGCAGAAGAGGAGGAAGAGGAGGAGGGAGAAGGAGCGGAUGUUCGUUGGGUGAGAGAGAGUGGUGGGGGGGAGGUGGGGGGUGAAGGGGAGGAGGCGGAUGAAGGGGAGGAGGAAGGAGUUGAGAAACAGGGUAAGAGGAGGGUAAAAGGGGUGGUAGAGGAGGAGGUAGUUUUGGAAGAGGAUGAGGAGGAAGAGGAGGAGGAAGGGAUAUGGGUGGAGGGUGAUAGUGAGAGGCUUGGGAAAGAUGGUGGGGAGUUUGCGGGAGUAGGAGUGGGUGUGAAGGAGGGGAGGAAGGGGAGGGGGGGGAGAAGAGGAGGGUACGGAGGGAAAGAGUUGCGGAAGAGGGGAUAUAGAAAGAGGGUGAAAGAUAAAGAGAUGAUGGAAGAUGAAGAAAGGGUGGAGGAAGGGGAGAUGAUGGGAGAUGGGGUGGGAGGUGCAGGGCUUAGGAAAGAUGCAAAGCUGAGGAAUGAUGUAGAGGACUUAACUGGUGAGGGAAAGCGAGGGGGAAAGGAACGCCGCAGGUUUAAGCUUUCCAAGGGAAGUGACGGCAGGCUGAAGCUCUUAAAGGGACUCCGUGAGGAGCUCAAUAGAGGGGAUGAGAGGGAGGAGAGAGGUGGAGUGGGGGAGGAGGGGAGGGAAGGAUGGGCGGGGAUGGGAGGGGUUGGUGCUGGAAGGAAAGAGGUAAGGGCUGAGGAGAAGGGUAAGAAGGAGAAGGGUGAAGAGGAGAGAGGUGAGCAGGGGAGGGGAGAGCAGGAGAGAGGAGGGCAGGCGAAGGAGAAGGAGCAGAAGAACCAGCACCGGCACCACCACCACCACCAUCGGCGCAAGCACAGUAGCGGUCACGGCAAGACGAGUGGGUUUGAGUGGCAGGAGGGAGAGCAGGAGGGGAUUGUGGGUGGAGGAGAGAUUAGGAGUAAUGGGAGGGAGAGGAAGGAAAGGAUGGGUGAGGAGGAGGAGAGGAAAGAGAGGAAAGAAAGGGAGGAGGGGAAGGAAGGGAAGGAGGGGAAGGAUGGGAAGGAGAGGUGGAGGGGUGAGGGGCGAGAGGAGAAGAUUAAGCGGGAAGCAGAGCGCGGGAGGGGAGUGGAGAUAGUACAGGAGGGAGAGAAGGAUGCAAAGGAGCAAGUAAAGGAAGGCAGAGAAGCUGUGAGGAAGGAGGGGAUGGUGCCUGGGAAGGAGGGGGCGAAGGCGAAGCGGAAAGAGAAAGCGGAGAGGAAGAGAAGGGGUGAUAAAGGGGUGGAGGUUGAGGGAGGGGGCGAGGGGGAAACGCCUGGGGAGAUUCGUAUGCUGGGUGGGAGGGAAGGGGAGGCAGAGAAGGGAGGGAAGGGAGGGAAUAAGGGAGUGAUGGGAGGGGAAGACGGAGGGGAGGAGGGAGGGGAGGAGGGAACAGCUAGGGCGGGAAUACAGGUAGAGCCGUUUCGGGUUCCGCGAGUUGUUGCUUCUAAACGCGAGCUGCAGAUCGAGAGCAAGUAUAAUAACGAGUCCAAGGGCGAGGCUUAUAGCGAGUCGGCUCUUAAAGAGUCGCGUGCUGUUCUCCCAAGUCCCAGGGUGAGCAAGAAGAGGAGUGUAGCGAGUCUAGUGACAGGAGAGGAGAAGGAGAGGGGGCAAGUGAGGAGAGAGGAAAGGAAGCGAGAAGAGGGUGAGGAUGAUAAGGAGGAGGAGGAGAAGAGAGGGAAAGAGAGCUGGUUGGUUCAGGAGCGUGUGAGGGAUGAGCAGAGGAAGGAGGGGAAGGUGGUUGAGGAGAAGAUGGGAAGAGGAAGAGAAGCGAAGGAAGAGGUUCUUGUGGGGGAAGGGGAUUGGAGGGGGAGGAGGGGCCUUGAGGUGGAUAAGGAAAUGAGUGGUCCUGUUGCUGAUGCUAGUGGUGCUGGUGCUGGUGCUGGUGCUGGUGCUGGUGCUGGUGCUGGUGCUGGUGCUGGUGCUGGUGCUGGUGCUGGUGCUGGUGUUGAUGCUGCUGGUGCUGCUGUUGCUGGUACAGGGAGGAAGCGAGGAAGGAAGAGGAAACUGGGUUUGGUGGCACAAGAAGAUGCAAAGGGAGGCGCGGGAGGGGCAGAAGGGGUUGGAGGACUGGGAGGGGUGAGACGGGUGGGAAAAGAGGACAUAGAGGGAGAAAGGGAAGUGGAGGGAGAAAGGGAAGUGGAGGGAGAAAGGGAAGUGGAGGGAGAAAGGGAAGUGGAGGGAGUGGUGGGGAAGGCUGGGACGGAAGGCUUGCCAAAGUUGGCUGUAGGAGAGGAGGGAAGAGGAGGAUAUACUGUAAGGGAGAGGGGUGGAGGAGAGGGAGGAGAAGGAGUAGGAGAGGGAGAAGGAGAGAUACGAGGAGAGAUUGUGAGAGAGGGGGAAAGGGAGAGAGAGGAAGAGGGGGUAGGUGGAGCAGACGGGGAGGGUGGGGAACUGAAGAGACGGAGGAGGAUUUUGCUGCCCGGGAGGGGUGGAGGGCGCAGGAAGAAGGAUAGGCAUGAUGCUUUGGUAAGUGCUGGUUGGGGUGUGCGGAGGAGCAGGAGCCUCUCAGGCCACCAGCAGAGUGCUGCUGGUAUGAAGAAUUUGGAGAGGAAGAGGGAGAGGAAGGGGGAGAGGGAGAGGGAGGAGAGGGGGAAGGAGGAAAGGGAGAGAACAGUGGCAGGGAGAGCAGGAGGUGUUGAGAGGGGAGGUUUUACUGAAGCAGAGAUGCUGAAAGGAGGGAAGAGGAGAGGGGAGAAAUUGCUUCUGCCUGUGAUGGCAUGGGAAGGGGAAAGCGGAGUGGAGGAGAGAGCGGAAGAGAGCGCAGAGAAGGGAGAGGAGAAGAGAGAGGAGAAGAGGGAGAAGCAGCAGCAACAGGUGAGGGAGAAGCAGCAGCAACAGGUGAGGGAGAAAGCAGAGGAAGCAGAGGCAGGAGGAACUUUUGUGAAAGGGGCGAAACAAAGUGAAGAACCUUGCAAGAGCAGCAGUAGUGACAGCAGCAGCAUGGGCGUCGGAACUGGCAGCAAGAGGAGUGGUGAGGGUGUGGGGAUGGGUGAGGAGGGGUAUGGUGUGGAGAAGGAGGACGAGCAAAUGGGGAGGGAGAAAGGGGAUGGUGGAAGGGAGAGUGUAGGUGGCAAAUUAGAGACGGAAGAGAGGGAGAGGAGGGAGGAGAGGAAGAGGGACGAGAGGGAUGAGAGGGAGAAGAGGAAGGAGAGGGAGGAGAGGGGAGCAAGGCGUGACGAGCAGCGGCUAGAGUGGGGUGUGAAAGGCGAUGUCAUGAAAAGUGAUAAGAAAGAAGCUCAAGUGUUGGAUGGCCGUUUUGGGGAGAAACAAACGAAAGGCAAGAUUGGUGUGGGAGGAGCAGGAGAGAGGAAGGGAGAGGCUGCAGAAGAGGUCAAGGCUGAGAGUGGGGCAGGUGGGGGGAGUCGUGAGCAGGAAGAGCAGGGACAAGAGAGGAAGGAGGAAGGUGGAGAGGAUGAGGGAGAUGCGAAGGGAACGAAGGGAGAGGAGUGGGUAGAAAGAGGGGUGGAAGGAGGGGAGAGAGAGCGAGAGGAGGGCGUUGGGGGGGGGGAGAGAAACAAAGAAACUGCUUUUGGUUUGAGUAGUGAGUCUAGGAAGAGGGAUGAGGACAGGGCGAGUGAGAAGGAGAGAGGGAGGGAGAGUGUCAGGGCUAGGGAAGGGAGUGAUGGGGUGGUGGUUGAGGGGAGGAGGGUGGUGGAAGUGCGUGAAAGGAGUGAGGAGUGGAGGAGGAGGGAGGAGAGGAGGAGCGAGGAGAGAAGGAAGGGGGAAAGGAGUAAGGAGGAGAGGAAGGAGUUUGAGGUGAGAGGCAGAAGGGAUGAAAAGGAGAGAGACAGAAGAGAGGGGGAUGGAAGGGCUGGGGAGAGGGAGAGGGAGAGGGAGAGGGGGAGGGAGAGGGAGAGGGAAGGAGUGGGGGAUAAAAAGGGAGAAGAGAGGGAUGAAAGGAGAGAAGGGGAAAGGAGAGAGGGGGAAAGGAGAGAGGGGGAAAGGAGAGAGGGGGAAAGGUCUAGAGGAAGCGAGAAGGAGAGAAAAAGAGAGGGGGAGGAAGGAGAGAAAGCGAGAGGGAAGAGGGAGAGGGAGGGGGAGAGGGAGAGGGAGAGGGAGAGGGAGAGGGAGAGGGAGAGGGAGAGGGAGAGGGAACGAGGCAGAGAGAGGGAGAGAGAAAAGGGAGUGGAGAGAGAGGGGGAGAAAGAGGGGGUGAGGGAGGGGGUGUGGGAGAGGGGGAGGGAAAGGGUCAGUGAGAAGGGGAGGGUGGGAGGGGAGGAGAAGGAUAGGGGGGAUCGUACUGCUGCUGGUGUGGGGAUGGAUAGAGGUAAGCAGGAGCAUCGAGCCUUAGAUGGUAGAGAGAGAAGCGAGGAUGGGAGGGAGAAUAGGGAGAGUAGAGAGAGGAGAGAGAGCAGGGAGAAUAAGGAGAGGAGGGAGCAUGAGAGACGAGGAGAGGAGGGGCAGUUGGAAAGGGGAAGGGACGGGGAGCGGGAGAGGAGCAGAGGGAGGGAGAGGAGGGAGAGUGAGAGAAGCGAGGAGACGCACCCUUGGAGUGGUGACGCCUUUCCUAGGCAAGACUCUAAGGGUAGAGAGGAAGGAGAAGAGGAAGGGAGGGCGAGGAAAAGGAGGGUGGAUGCUCAAGAAGAGGGAGAGGAGGGAAGGAGGAAGAGAGAUGCGGAGAGUGAUGGUGGUAGAGAGAGAGGGAAGGAUGGUGGGAUGAUGGUUUUUCCAAGGCAGGACUCUAAGGGUAGGGAGGAAGGUCAAGCGGAAGGGAGGGGGAAGAGAGACGCGGAGAGUGAUGGUGGUAGAGAGAGGGGGAAGGAUGGUGGGAUGGGGAUUGGAGUAGGCUUGGUGGGUAGGGGUGAAAAGGGAGGGUCUUGGGAGAAGGAGUGGAGUGAGAGAGGGGAGAGGAGAGGAAGUGAGGGAGGAUUGAGAAAGGGAGAGUUGCAAGAGGGUGUGAGGGAGGGGGAGAGGGUGGGAGAAGAGGAGAGGGAGGAAGGGGAGGCAGAGGAAGGGGAGUGGGAGGAGGGAGAGGAGAGAGAGUGGGGAAGAGAGGAGGGAUGGGAGGAGGGGAGAGGGGAGUGGGGAGAGGGGAUGGAGGAAGGGGAGAGGGGGGAGGAAGGGGAGAUGAAGGAGGAGGGUGCAAUGCAGUGGGGAGUGGUGAAGGUAGAGGACGAGGAAGGGGGAGGGAAGGAGGGAGGGGAGGAGGGAGGGCGGGAAGGGGGGGAGGGAGAGGAGGGGGGAGGGAGGGAGUGGGGAGGGGAGGGCGAGGGGGAGGGAGACAGGAGGGAGGAAGAGGGCAGGGGGGAAGAGGAGGGGAAUUUCCUGGAAGGGGGGUUUCAACACCGAGGGGUUUCCAGGGGAGGGAUGAGAGGGACAGGUUCGGUGGCAGUGAGGUUCGGCAACCCUCCAGGCUUCAGGUCAGGUUCAGAAGAGGGGAGGGAACCAGGAGGAGGUAGGUUCGGCACAGCAGCAGCAGCACGUGGGGGUGGGGGGAUGAGGGAGGGAGGCGGGAUGAGAGAGGGAGGCGGGAUGAGGGACGGAAGAGGGAUGGGCGAGGGAGGGGGGAUGAGAGAGGGAGGGGGGAUGAGAGAGGGAGGAGGGAUGAGAGAGGGAAGAGGGAUGGGGGAGAGAAGAGAGACCGGUUUUUCCUCCCCCCCACCAUUACCGCAACUGCAUCCCAAUCACCCUUCUGCUUCCUCCCACCAAUCCUCUCACCCCACUUCCCUGCCUCCUCAUUCUGCCGGACCUAUCUCUGGUUCGGCCGGACCUAUGCCCCCUUCCGGACCAAGGCAUCUCACAGAGCACUCACUCCCCUCCGGACCUCCUGCCGGACCUAUUCACUCUGGGGGACCUAUCCGCUCUGCCGGACCUAUGCAUCCCGGUGGACCAACCCAUUCUGCCGGACCACCUCGGCCCGGACCUCCGCCGGCUGCCGGGCCUCCAGCCGGGCUUGCGGUUCGGAAAUGUGCAGACAUGCUAAUGCAGUUUAAUGCCUCUCUGGAUAGCAGAGGGGAGAGGAUCGGAGAUUACUUGUUAGAUAAAUCGGCAAGUCAAGACAGCGCAAGGAGCGGGGGAGGUGGAGGAAGAGGAGGUAGAGGAGGAGGAAGGGGUGGAGGGAGAGGAGGAGGAAGGGGAGGAGGGGAGAUGGAGGGGAUGGGGUUGACGAUGGGAGGCGUGGAGGAGAGGUUGUUUUCAGGGGGGUACCAAUCGGUGGUGCAGGUGUUUGAAGAGGUUCGGAUGGUUGUGGAGGGGUACCUGCGAUGGCACAAGGGCAACCGAGAGGUGAGUGAGGAAGUGAGGUAUCAGUGGAGCUACAUCACUUCCUCCGCAUAUUCUUCCAGCAACUCACCUCUGCCUUUCCCGAUGCUGACUGGCAAUCCGUGUCCGCCGGACCUCAUUCCGGACCUCAUUCCGGGCCACACCCUGGGCCUCACACCGGGCCUCACUCUGGACCACAUUCUGGACCUCAUGGUCCCCCACAUGGACCUCCAACUCAUCCCCCUCAUGCCUCACCCCAUCCCCCCUCUCAAGGCCAACCACACCCCUCCUCUCACCCAUCCCCCCACCUUCCCCCUCACAUGCUCCACCCCCUCCCCUCCCACUCAUCUCCCCAUCCCCCGAACCAUCCCCCCCAGUCAAGUCCUUAUCCUCCCCAUCCCCAACACGCCCCCCAUCCCUCCCAUGCUCCCCACGGCCCCCAUCCUCCCCAGGGGAGACAGGGCCCUCCCCAUCCUUCCCCCGCCCCCUCCCCCCCACCCUCGCAACCAAACAUCACCACCCCCACAGCACUUCUCACACCCAGACUCAACCCGAGAGGGCUCCCUCCCCCCCCACCCCAUGCCACCCCUUCACGAGCCCCCCUUUUCCCAUGCAAACCCGCACUUCUCGUCCCUCCCUCCUCCCCUCUCCUCCUCCCACCCUCCCUCACAUGCUCCCCAGCACCGCAUCUCACUCCCUCCCAACGCUCCCAACCAUCCCGCCACCCCCAUGCCGCCUCCUAGCAGGCAAAUGCUGCCGGAUAGGCAGUCAUUUCAGGAACGCCCCCCUCCCUCCUCUCAGCCUCAGUUUGUAGGGCAGCAUGAGCAGCACAAUCAGCACAACCUCCCCCACAUGCCGCCUCCACCACACAAUCCAAACUUCAACAACCCUCCCUCUCACUUCCCCAGAGCUUCCGGUUUGGGAAGGCAGGGGUUCUCUGAGCCUCCAGGCCCGGGGAGGCAGGGAUUCUCCGAGCCUCCUGGCCCAGGGAGGCAGAGAUUUUCCGAACCGCUAGGUCCGGGACGGCAGGGGUUUUCUGAGCCUGGAGGCCCAGGAAGACAUGGUUUUCCUGAGCUGUUGGAUGAUCGAAGGCACGGUUUUCCCGAGCCUCCUCCUCGGGGCAUGGUGGGAGGUCCGAACGAACCCAUGCCUCCGCCGCAGGCUCGGUGGCAGGGAGGUCCGGGAGAAGGCCCGGGACAUCCAGGAGGGGGGAUGGGAGGAGGGGGGAGAGGUGGGGGGAGAGGCGGAGGACGAGGGGAAGGGAGAGGUAUGGGGAGGGGCGAGUUUUCUGGGGCGGAAGGGGGAGGGAUGAGGGGAGGGAGGGGAGGAAGGGGAGGAGGGAGAAUGAGUCUAGGAGGUGACGAGGGGGCUGGUGAUACUAACGAAAACGAUGCCUUUCGCGUCGGCUCCAAUAAGAGCGACAGAGCUCUUCGUCAGCCACUUUCGCGCGACGCACCGCCAAACAGGGCAGCUAGUAGCGCGGCGGGGGCGGCGCCUGUCAAAGAUGCAACGGCGAGUUCUAGAAGCGGGGGCGGCACGAUCCUCGGAGCCGUGGCGCUCAUUAUAGGAACAUCCGUCGGCGCGGGUGUGCUGGCGCUGCCCGCGGAAACUGCUCCUGCGGGUGUGUUCCCCUCGUCGUUCGUGCUAAUAGCCUGCUGGGCGUUCCUCGGCAGCACCAGAACAGCGGAUAUCAUUAACCGGGUAUUGACAGCUGGUUUGCUGGGGAUAUUUACCCUGCUGGUCUGCGGAGGGGCGGCAAUCGCGGACUGGGAUGAGCUGGCAGUUGCUGAUUGGUCAGAAAUGCCGACCACUCUCCCCGUGAUCUUCCUCGCGCUGGUCUUCCACGAUUUGAUUCCCGUGAUCUGCACGUAUCUGGACGCGAAUCUGGGAAAGAUUCGGGCGGCAAUUGUGAUCGGGAGUGCAGCACCUCUUACAAUGUUUCUAGUAUGGGACGCCAUAGCUCUUUCCAUCUCCCCUUCCUCCCUCACUUCGGCCGCUGCUGCCGCCGCUGCUGCUCCUGCCGGUGACAAGAAGAGGGAUGAAGAGCAGCUAGGGUUGAUAAGCGUGGGUGACAAGAGGAGAAACGAGGAACAACAUGGGCGAAUAGACCUGAAAAGCCAAAGGAAUCAAGCUCAGAAGCAGCAGGAGACAGCAGUUACUGCUGUAGAUAUCGUGGGAACCGGUUUAGGGUUUGUGAGGUCGCAUGGGAGGGAGGUAGGGUUUCUUCUGGCCCUCUGCCCGCCUCUGCUGGUGGCUUUGGCAAACCCUGGCGCGUUUGUGGCGGCAAGCAAGGCGGCAGGCGCAUACGGCAUGACAGUGCUGUAUGGCAUCAUGCCUCCAUUGAUGUGGGUUGCUUCUCUCACCCUGUCAUUGCCGAUCCAAAUCAAGGCGGCAGGCGCAUACGGCAUGACAGUGCUGUAUGGCAUCAUGCUUCCCCUCAUGUUCUACGCGCAUCAAAAGCAGGUGGGUUGGGGGGAAUGCAGGUGGGUUGGGAGGGAUGCCUAG